AUGGGGCAGCAGUUCAGCUGGGAGGAGGCAGAGGAGAACGGCGCGAUGGACGUGGCGGAGCUGCAGGAGUGGUACAGGAAGUUCCUGGAGGAGUGCCCCAGCGGCACGCUCUUCAUGCACGAGUUUAAGCGCUUCUUCAGGGUCGCGGGCAACGAGGAGGCCACCCAGUAUGUAGAGGGCAUGUUCCGAGCUUUCGACAAGAACGGGGAUGACACCAUCGACUUCCUGGAGUAUGUGGCAGCCUUGAACCUUGUACUGAGGGGCACCCUGGAGCACAAGCUGAAGUGGACCUUCAAGAUCUAUGACAAGGACCGCAAUGGCUUCAUUGACCGCCUGGAGCUGCUGGACAUCGUGGAGUCCAUCUACAGGCUGAAGAAAGCCUGCAGGGUGGAGAUGGAGGCUGAGCAGGACGGCGAGAUGCUCACACCUGAGGAGGUCGUGGACAGGAUCUUCCUUCUGGUGGAUGAGAACGGAGAUGGCCAGCUGUCCCUGAGUGAGUUCACUGAAGGUGCCCGUCGUGACAAGUGGGUGAUGAAGAUGCUGCAGAUGGAUGUGAAUCCCGGUAGCUGGAUCUCUCAGCAAAGGCGGAAAAGUGCCAUGUUCUGAGGGCUCCGGGGUCCUUGGAGCCCUCCAAGACUCCAGGCUCACCAGCUUGUAGGACCUUAGUUCCCCGACCAGGGAUUGAACCCAGGCCCUCGGCACUGAGAGCAUGGAGUCCUAACGACUGGACCGCGAGGGAAUUCUCUAGACGUGGAAUUACUUUUGUUAUACAAACUCUAUGUGCAACCUCAGUGCAUAAACUAGAUUAAAAGGCAGUCACUCUGGGGCUUCCCUGGUGGCGCAGUGGUUAAGAAUCCGCCUGCCAAUGCGGGGGACACGGGUUCGAGCCCUGGUCCGGGAAAAUCCCACAUGCCGUGGAGCAACUAAACCCGUGCACCACAACUACUGAGCCUGUGCUCUAGAGCCCGCGAGCUACAACUACUGAGCCCACACGCCACAACUACUGAAGGCCGCUCACCUAGAGCCUGUGCUCCACAAGAGAAGCCACUGCAGUGAGAAGCCAGCACGCUGCAACAAGAGAAAGCCUGCGCGCAGCAACGAAGAUCCAACGCAGCCGUAAAUAAAUAAAUUUAUUUUAAAAAGAAUCUGCCUGCCAAUGCAGGGGACACGGGUUCAAGCCUUGGUCCGGGAAGAUCCCACAUGCCGCGGGGCAACUAAGCCCGUGCACCACAGCUACUGAGCAGCGAAGAGUAGCCUCCUCUUGCUGCAACUAGAGAAAGCCCGCAGGCAGCAACGAAGACCCAACGCAGCCAAAAAUAAGUAAAUAAAAGGCAGUCACUCUGGUUGCAUGGGGUGCCGAGGAACUCAG